AUGGGUCCCAAACCUGGUGGCGACUGGAGGGUCUCAGGUCCCCGCCCUCCCCAGGCCCAGAACCCCGGGAGGCUGGAGCCGGCUCAGGGGCUGCUCUGUUGCCCACCUCCGCCCCCGCUCUCGUCGUUCGCCCUGCGGUGGCUCUCGCGCGCCCGGAGAGACACUGAGGGGAAGGAGCCACAGGCCUCGCCCCCGACAGAAAGCGCUGGCUGGGCCUCCCCUGCGGCGGGGCGCCGGUUCUGGUGCCCUCUUCAGGGUUUUGAGGAAAGACGGAAACGAGGGUGGAGGAUCGGGGCUGUUUCUUCUGGAGGAUUUCCUCCGUGUGAAGCCAGGCUCCCGGGGUGGGCGGGAGUCCGCGGGACAGCGCACGGAUGGAGGCGACGGAACGAGCAGCCUCCCGCCGCGAACCCGCCGUCGGGGUCCGGCGCCCGCCCUCGCCCUGCCCCUCGCCGGCCGGAUGCCGGACCCCCCCGGCCCUUUGUACAGCGAUUGCGACAAGCAGCCCCCGGCCCUUUGUACAGCGAUUGCGACAAGCAGCCCCCGGCCCUUUGUACAGCGAUUGCGACAAGCAGCCCCCGGCCCUUUGUACAGCGAUUGCGACAAGCAGCCCCCGGCCCUUUGUACAGCGAUUGCGACAAGCAGCCCCCGGCCCUUUGUACAGCGAUUGCGACAAGCAGCCCCCGGCCCUUUGUACAGCGAUUGCGACAAGCAGCCCCCGGCCCUUUGUACAGCGAUUGCGACAAGCAGCCCCCGGCCCUUUGUACAGCGAUUGCGACAAGCAGCCCCCGGCCCUUUGUACAGCGAUUGCGACAAGCAGCCCCCGGCCCUUUGUACAGCGAUUGCGACAAGCAGCCCCCGGCCCUUUGUACAGCGAUUGCGACAAGCAGCCCCCGGCCCUUUGUACAGCGAUUGCGACAAGCAGCCCCCGGCCCUUUGUACAGCGAUUGCGACAAGCAGCAGACCCUGUGCCACUUCGUCCUGCCCGUGGGCCCCGGGCCUGAGCUGGCCCGGGAGUACCUGCAGUUGGCGGACGAUGGGCUGGUGGCCCUGGACUGGGUCGUGGGACCUUGCGCCCGGGGCCGCCGGGUCACCAACGCCGGGGGCCUUCCGCCGGUGCUGCUGGUGAUCCCCAAUGCGUGGGGGCGCCUCACCCGCAACGUGCUCGGCCUCUGCCUGCUCGCCCUGGAGCGCGGCUACUACCCGGUCAUCUUCCACCGCCGCGGCCACCACGGCUGCCCACUGGUCAGCCCCCGGCUGCAGCCUUUUGGGGACCCUUCAGAUCUCAAGGAGGCGGUCACUUACAUCCGCUUCCGACACCCGGCGGCCCAGCUGUUCGCGGUGAGCGAGGGCUCGGGCUCGGCGCUCCUGCUGUCCUACCUGGGCGAAUGCGGCUCCUCCAGCUACGUGACGGGCGCCGCCUGCAUCUCGCCCGUCCUGCGCUGCCGCGAGUGGUUCGAGGCCGGCCUGCCCUGGCCCUACGAGCGGGGCUUUCUGCUCCACCAAAAGAUCGCCCUCAGCAGGUAUGCCACGGCCCUGGAAGACACAGUGGACACCAGCAAACUGUUCAGGAGCCGCUCCCUGCGAGAGUUUGAGGAGACGCUCUUCUGCCACACCAAGAGCUUCCCCAUCAGCUGGGAUACCUACUGGGACCGCAACGACCCCCUCCGGGAUGUGGACGAGGCAGCUGUGCCUGUGCUGUGUAUCUGCAGUGCUGAUGACCCCGUGUGUGGGCCCCCAGACCACACUUUGCCCACGGAGCUCUUUCACAGCAACCCCUACUUCUUCCUCCUGCUCAGUCGCCAUGGAGGCCACUGUGGCUUCCUGCGCCGGGAGCCCUUGCCAGCCUGGAGCCACGAGGUCAUUUUGGAGUCCUUCCGGGCCUUGACAGAGUUCUUCCGAACCGAAGAGAGGAUGAAAGGGCUGAGUAGGCGCCGAGCUUCGUUCCUAGGGGGCCGGCGUCGCUGGGGACCCCUGCAGAAGCGGGAGGUCUCUCCCUCCUCCAGUCUGGAGGAGAUCUUUAGCUGGAAGCGGUCAUAUACAAGGUGAGACCUGGCCUGAGGA